CGGUGGUGGCGCUGAAUUUUGUGGGAUUUCUGUGGGAAAAUCCUUCAUCUUUCUGUGUGAAAACGUCCUUGUAAAGGACCCACAGCUGCAGGAGACUUGGGAACCUGCAGGGGCCAUUCCUUGUUGCUGGGAAAUCUGGCUACUGAAACCACAACAGCGUCAGUGGCAAACACAGCCUGUUCCCUGGGCACUCCAGAAGCUCCCACCACUGCCUGCAGGAAGGCACCCGGCACGAGCAGCCCCUCAGCACAGGCCUGGGCCCCCACCAAAGGAGAGCAGCUCUGGGAGAGGAAAACCAUGUUCAUCACAGUGAGAUACGGAGCCAAUUGCCAAGUGAUGGUGAACCUGCAGUGCUCUGUUCUGAUCCUCACAACUCACCUGAAGAGGAAGUGUCAGUGCAGGCCUGAAGGCUCAUGCUGGCCACACAGGGACACACUGGGCUUCCUUCACCAUGUGUCUCUCCCUCCAGACUGCAUCGAUCUUCUGGAUGAAACAGGCACCCUGAUGAACCUGAGCAAAGUGGAAAACCCUGCAUCCGAAUACACCAGUAAAUACCUCCGGGAAAGGGAGCACUACAUCCUCAUCAGAGUCAUCCGAGACAAAAACUCUGAAGCCACCUCCUAUGAAUCCUUGCUAGAGGACCUGGAGAAACACUACCCUGACCUAACAGAUCGGCUGCAGCAGCUCUCGGCAAAGACCCAGAGGAGAGACCAGUGGAGGAAGGGAACCUCGCAGAGGAAGGCUCAACCCCACACCAGCACCCAGUUAAGGAACAGAACCACCUCAAAGAAGAAGAGGGGCUCAGAGUUCAAGAAGACCCCUAAAUGACGAAGAGACCCAUUCCUGGUCACACGCACAGCACAGCCACCACCAGGACUCAGCCACCUCCCCAGCUUAUUCCAAGUUCAGCAAGAGUCCCCUGCUACUGAGAUCCUCUUCCCGGGGUGCCCUGCUCCUCAAAGGUUCACACUACCACAUCCAAAGCUGCAUCCUGACAAACCAGGCAAAUACAGCGCCACAGCCAGGCACAAGCAGCAUCCAGGGGGUCACUCAUGUUCCCAUGGCAUGGCCUGCACUCUCCAGUAAGAAGAACCUGCACCUCCUUUCAACCCCGCUGCACCAGCAGCCAGAGGAACGUGCACCCAGAUCACUGGAUGGACCGGCUUUCCACACAAUCACCACACUGGCAGUGCCUUCUAGAGACUCUCCACUGUGGUCACCAGGAAAGGCUGUUCCAGAGACAGCCCAUCUCCACAACUACAGAAGCAGCUCUUUGCCAAGAUGGGUCAAAGACAGAACAGACCUGCUGCAGAUGCUCCUGCUGGUUUUCCUUAACAGCUUCUCCACCCAGACCAGCACACACCAACAUUACAUCUAUUUCUGAAAUGGAGUUAACUUCAGAGUGGUUCUCCCCUGCUCACACUGGGACAGUUCAGGACACAGAGCACUUUGGCUUUGAAUCUCUGACAUCUACUUUUUCCCUUGGCUGUUUCUCAGGAGAGCACAAGGCACCCCAAUAAGGCCAGAUAGAGCUAAGAACAUUAUCUACCAAGAAUUUAGAUUAUGACAUUUAGAAGUGGCAGGACUUUCAACACCAGCCUCCAAUAUCUGCUGCCAGCAUUUACCAUCUAGAUCUGGAUUUCCUCACAGAUCCCAGCUGAGAACUUGUCCAGUAUUCAACAGUCAGAGGUCAAAAGGUUAAUAGACUCAUUCUGCCAUGAAAAUGCAUCAGUUAAGCAUCUGAAAGUGUCAUGGUUUCACUGCUGUGCCACCAAAACUCCAUCUGAAGCCUCAAAAUUCUCUUUUACACCAACAUAAAGAACAGGGUGCUCUGCCAGAGGCCAGCCUGAGGGCAGCACUCAUGAGACUGUUCUGCCAAGGUGACUGUAAGAGGAAAACAGCUCCAAACUUCACCUGUUGCCGGUGACCUUGAGAACAUUGCAUAAUCUGCUAAAGCUUUUAAGUAAGAUCAGCCAACUGUACCCAAGGUCCCAUAGCCAGACAGGUCACACUGUCUUAGCUCUAAGUCAGAACAGCUCUCCAAGAAGAGGAUAUCUAUAGAAAAAUAAUUUGUUACUAAAAAUACUCUAGACACAUCUUGGAUUACCUCUCUCCAGCCUCUCCUCUGCCUGGAGGGCAGCCAGUGCAGCCUCAGCUGAGGUCUGGAUCUCUUUUUGCCAAGUCAUGCAGGCUCUGUCCUUGCUAGGCUGCACCUCCUAUUUGCAGGGAACACACAGUAGUGCCUUGUCCUUUAAGCAGCUGAUACUGUUAACAUUUUGGCAGCUUAAUUUUAGCUUGAGAAUUAAAUAAAGAACGUGCACAAGU